AAAAAAAUCAAGAUGAUAUUGAAUAUAUGGAUAACAACAAUAUUAAACAAAUUAUGUUUGAUAUUAUCACUGGUAGUAAUGAUUCAACUGCACAUACAUAUUUAUUUGUGUUAUACCAUAUAUAUAAAGAUUCUAUUAUAAAAUCUAGAGUUUAUGAAGAAAUCGAUCAUGUUUUUAGUAAUAAUAAAUCUCUUCCUAUAGAUUAUGAUGAUCUAAAAAAGUUAAUUUACAUUGAUACUUGUAUCAACAAAUUCUUACGUUUAUUAUUAACUGUUCCAGCUUUGUUUAAACAAGCUACUCAUGAUGGCAUUCUCA